GGUUGGUAAUCAUGGGAAGACACACAUAUAUAAGUAUAUAGUAUCUCCACUCAUAUUCUUUAAUACAUCUUGUAAAUAUCAACAACAAAGAGAUCAAAUAAUAGCACAAAAAGCUCUUAAAAAAAUGGAUGUGAAGAUUCAAGACGAAAAACAUGCUUCAAAUAUUUGCGUCGCUGGGGAAGUUGAAGUUGAAUUAUCGUCACUCGAGGAUGCUUCCUCGAGUAAAAUUUCCUUGAAGGAAAUUAAGAAAAAUGACUUCAGUUCAAAACGACCUCAAAAUGCCGAAAAACACUACAUAGGUGUUAGAACAAGGCCAUGGGGAAAAUAUGCAGCUGAAAUUAGGGAUUCAACAAGAAAUGGAAUUAGGGUUUGGCUUGGGACAUUCAAUAGUGCAGAAGAAGCAGCAAUGGCUUAUGACCAAGUUGCUUUGUCAAUGAGAGGUCCAUCAACUUGCCUAAAUUUCCCUGUUGAAAGAGUUAGGAAAAUGUUACAAGAAACAGAAUGUAAUUUCUUGAAAAAUGGAUUGUCACCAGCAGCAGCCUUAAAGGAGAAACACAAAAAGAGAAGUAGUAGUAGUGGUAGUACAACUGCUUCAAUCAAGAAAGGGAAAAAGAAACAAGUAAAUAAGGAAGAUAAUAUUGUAUUCAUAUUUGAAGAUUUGGGAACAGAUUUAUUGGAUGAACUCUUGUCUGAGUAUUCUAGUUUUUAUUAGGGCAGUCAAAUGCAUAAGGCAUCCCGCAUUCACAUAGGGUCGGGCCGCACCCUUAGGGGUGUAAUGUAGACAGCCUAUUCUAAUGCAAGCAGUAAUUGCUGUUUCUACGGCUCGAACCUGUGACCUAUAGAUUAGACGGAAACAGCUUUACCAUUGCUCCAAAUCUUCCCUUCUUUUUAGCCUACUUCAUUUCCAUCUGUAAGUUUUAUCCACAUAAUUCUUCAAUCUUUCCUCCUUGUUCAUGUUUUUUUUCUCAAUUUACUGUGUCCCUUUUAUUCAGUAAAUUGAUUCAAGAUUCUGUAAAUUCAUUUCCUAGACUAGAACUUCAUAUAAACUUGACCUCUCUUUUUUCCUCCUCCGGUCCCUUCCUCUUUUAAUGUGCCAAAUUCAGGUUGUACAAAUUAAUGUAAGUUUAUGAACAAUGACAUUUUAUGUCA